AACAGCGUCUGGCCGUCUCUAAGACAUUCUGUCAUCUCUGCAACAGAUCUGUCUUCGCUGGCAAGACACCUGGUGCCCCACAACGCUCGCGAAUAUAUCUUCUGCAAGCUGUCAGAGCCCAGCAUGCAUAAGCCAUCUGCAUCAGACACUACCACAAAAUGUCGAUUUUCACCUUUGUGCGCAAUCUGCGCAACAGAAAGGUCACGGGCACUACUAUUCUACACGAACCAAAUGCAAUCGAGGAAAACAUAGAAUCGUCGCUUGCGAAUGACCCAAAUGACACAACCAUUAGCGACGAGUCCAAAGACAGAUCUAAGAGACUGCCAUGUCGCAGCACAAGUGGGUCGCAGGGCAUCUCAUCUCCAAGCCAGCUGCUGCCUCCUACACCGUUCAACACACCGAAGAAGAAGCAAUUGCGUCGCUCGAUUCGAGACCAUAUCUUAGGCGACAACGGUACCGUCGUUUUCGUGAACGAGAUCGUAGCAUCAAGCCCGCCGCUUGACUGCACACCGAAGCAUCUUCCGAACAGCGCCUCAAACCUUCCUUCGAUCUACGCCGCCCAAAUGGGUCUGCACAGUUCUUCGCCAGCAUCUUCGCCAGCAAUUGAAGAUCUCAAAUCAGCAACAUCGAUCGCUGUUGGCGCCAGCUCCGUCAAUCCAGGACACGAAGCUCUCAAUGUUCUCAAUCAGUUGGGUCGUAGUUCACACUUUCUGCCAACGCCCUCGUCUCGAAUCUCACGAUCUGCUGAGCUGAAGUACCGCGCAGUUCAUGAUCAAGUUCUGAGCGGCCGCACUGCAUCCGCCACGAUGACUUGCACAACUGGUCCAAUGUCAACCCUUUCACAUGACCAGCAUGACAAUCCAGCCCGUGGCUAUGGUGAUCGGUCUACUGGCCGGUCCGAGAGGCACUGCCCAGACAUAACACGGCCAUCACCAACCGCACGCUACAUUGAUACUACGAGGGUCUCCAAUGACUCUCUGCCUUCACCACAAAGUCCCUCAUCAACUAAACUCAUACCGAUUGAGCGAGAGAAAACGGUUAAUGACGGUCCGCAAGACGAGUCUGUAGAAGAGUGGCGGCGUCGUACGCUCGAUUCCCCAAAUGUCGCAGGCGAAGACCAAGCAGGAGCCUACGCCCAUGUCUAUCUCGAUGUGUAUGAUCGCCUGUGGCUCGAUGCUCAACGCAGGAAACACCAUGAAAGUACGUGCUGUUGCCCUGGAGGCUCGUGACCCGCGGGGCGAGAUCGAGUAUUGUCCGAAUCAGUGUUGAGAAAUCCCUUGAUGCAUCAGACGUCCAUGCGUGUGUGCUGAAUUAUCGGCUUCUAGGGCUCGCGACAUGGGAUGUUGCAUCCUUUGGUCAAAAAGACAAGACCCGUAGGGGACCCGGACAUCCG